AUGUCCAGAUCAAAAAAUAUGAUGUCGCCCUCCAAGAAGCAGCCUGAGGCUGUGGCUGACAAGGUCCUCAAGAGGGCAGAAGUGGGCAAGAUGGCCCGCCGCCUCCAGAGCCGCCUCGCCCUCGCCCAGUUCAAGACAAAACGGGGCUGGGAGGACCUCUCCCUCGACGUGAUCGAGCCCAAAUUCGAGGAGGAGCUCCGACAACACAAGGCUGCCAUUCGACGCAAGCGCCUGGCCGAUGGCGAGAUUCUCUCCGACUCCUCCUCCAGUGCAUCCGACCUCCCCUACCCGACACGGGCCCUGAUGAGCUCUCCCUUGAAGGCACCCUUGUUCUCCGACGCCAUCGGCUCCAGCAAUGGCAGCACUGGCCACCGCAAGCGAACAUAUCUGUCGACCUUCGAGAACGACCUCAAUUUCUCCUCGAGCCCCGCCAAACGCUACAGGCUCUCACCUACGGCACACAAGUCCUUCCCAGGCCACCAUGUCUCGUGGAGCAACAGCCGUAACAGUCUGGUCCAGUCCUCCCCCCUCAAGCCUCGCCGGCAGACGCACUUCAAGACCUCGACCGGCCCCGACGUGUCCUUCUUCCCGUCCUCCACCCGUCUCGACCGAAGCAUGACUACUCCGAACUUUGCCGUUCCCGACGAGGAUGAUGACGACCUCCUCCCUUCUCACUCGUUUCAGCUCAGCGGCACCCGAUCCUCGCCGCCCACCACCCCUGUCAUGGGCAAUCGCCGCCUUGCUCCUCGCAAUGCCGAUAAGAACGGUGGCAGGCUCGAGUCAAGGGAUGAAGGAGCAGAGCUGCUGCUGUACAUGAAGUCGUCGCCCACUCCUGCAGGGCUUCCCCCUCGGAGCCAGAUGGAGCCGCCCUCUACACCACCCCCCAAGCACCUCGGCUUCACCCCUCAGGCCAUGGCCACGCCAAACCUGGACAACCCGCUGUUCCCUCAUACGCCUGGUCAGGCUUUCAACUUUGCCGACUACCUCAACAUGACCCCCAGCCCGGCCCAGAAGACGUGGAAGACACCGAUCGGACUGGGCUCGGCCAAGACGCCGCGAAGCGUGGCUAGAAGACACCUCGCGUUUGAUCAGGCCCUCUGA